GAGACCGAGAGAGACAGUCUUCAGCUGCUUAUGUCUCUGAAGGCAGACACAAUGCUCGUUAAUAGGCUCCAGAUGCCUUCACAGAAAACUCGCAUCUGCAGCCUGUGUGGGUUUCUCCAUCUCAUUUAACUCACGCGGAUGUGAAUUUAUCUUUCAGUCAGCGCCAGGAAAUACAGAUUAUGGGGCUGUGUGCGGUUUCAGAGCACGUGGAACGCGUAUUUGCGAGGCCAGUGGCUACUGCGCGCGCGUCCUGCCUGUGAUGGAGGCGCGCGGCGGAGGUUGUGGUUGUGGUGCAUCGCUGGGAAUGAGUGAGAGGUGCAGAGGAGGAGAUAAUCAAUGAAGACACCGAGGGCUGCUGCGCGUCUGGACAAGGUCAGAGUGUAGCCUGGGUGAGAUUAUGCCCAUGUGGGGACGACAAGGACGGACUUUUACGCUUCCUCUCGGGGGACAGGGUCGCCCGGGGAUGUCCCCUGAAAAAAAGCAAGUUUUUCUCUCUUUAUUGGAUCGCAGAGGCGGCGAAAAUCCCUCCAUCUACGUGAUCAUGGCUGGGAUUUAUUUCUGACAACCUCCAAGCUGCAUGGAUUAUAAUUUUAUGGAGAUAAAGUUUUUGCGCUCUGGAUGAUCCGCUCGGUCAUUGGUUCGUGUUAUCACACGCAGUUGAACCCGGUUAAGGUGAUUCAUUAGCUGCUGCUGGAUUGAGAUUCCACCAGAGCAGCAGCAGUAAAAACAGCGGCGGCCAGCUGUGUGUCUCUCUGCACGGUCACAUCUGUGGUUGUCGUCGCCGCUGUCCAUGGUGCUGAACUCGAGCUCCAGGAAUGGUGGAGACGCUGAGUAUCGCAGUCAUCGGUGCUCCCGGAGUGGGGAAAACUUCUAUAAUCCGCCAGUUCAUCUAUAACGAUUUCUCGGAGGUGUACACGCCAACCAGGACCAGAUAUGUGUACAGACCCUCCGUCAUCCUGAACGGCAACAUGUACGAGCUGAAGGUUUUGGACGUCCCGCCAAUCUCCUCCUUUCCAUCCAGCUCCAGUCAGGAGUGGCUGGAUUUGCGCUGCAGAGGUGUUCGCAACGCCAACGCCUACAUCCUGGUGUAUGACAUUUGCUGCGUGGAGAGCUUUGAAUACGUCAAGAUGAUCAGACAGCAGAUAGUAGAGCACAGGGAAGGCAGCAGCAGUGAGGUGCCGAUCCUGGUGGUGGGAAACAAGAGAGAUCUUCAGCGACAGCGCUUCAUGCCUCGCAGGGCCGUGUCAGUCCUAGUGAAGAAGACGUGGAAGUGCGGUUAUGUGGAGUGCUCGGCUAAGUUCAACUGGCAUGUAGUGCUGCUCUUCAAAGAACUGCUGGGCAUUGCUGUGGCGCGGGGCAUGCGCCAGAACCACACCUCCAUCCGUCUUCAGGGGGCGCUACAGAGGAACCGCUGCACCAUCAUGUGACCCUGAGAGCCCCAUCCACCCCCCUCUCACCUUAGGCGAGGAGUGGCAGUGGAGAAAAGAACUUCUUAUCUAAAUGGCUGGAAAAAUACCCUGUGGCCUCCUGCUUUACUGAGCUGAUUUUUCAUUAUGAGGUUUAUUAGACUCUUGCGCUGUAAGGACACUAAAACUCCACACAUGGUCAUCCAACCACUUCCUACUCCAAACCUGCCAAAUGUAUAGGAGCAGGGAGGGAGGUAGAAGAAGAGGAAGCAGGUGAAAACCUAUGUGACUAGAAUAGCACAGUUAUAUUUGCUCACAUUAACUAGACAGCUACACAUUUGAGGCUGUUCAUCCCAAAGUGACACAGCAACAGAUGCAUUAGAGGGUUUACACAUGACCCUGAUAGGAUGGAAGCUGGGAUUGUGAGACUCAAACAGAGAGGCAGCAAUAUCACCGAGUCUUCCUUUUGAAUUUAUCAUAUUGAGUACAGUUACAUUUACAGUCAAGCACAUGCUCAUACCUGACAUGUUUGGAUUUCUCUGAAGGUGUGCGGUGAAUAGUCGACAAAACAGAUUAAAAAAGAGCAAAAAUGGCUUCAUAUCUUUGAGAGAUUAUCACGUAAUGUAUAGAUGCGAUUGGAUGGACUUAAUUUUAGAUUCUAAGAAGGUAGCCUGAUUUCUUUUCUUUCCCCAUCCCUUCCCCAAACUUUGCCUACGGUAAAAGCUGAAUGCAGAGGAAGGAUGUUCUAAGGUUGUCUUGCAGCAGAAAAUACUGCAGUCCCUAUCGUGAUGUACUAUAGGGCUUUAAUCUGCUCCCUCCUCUCACUCAGUGUGUCUGUUUCUGAUGAAUACAUUAAAUCCAGGUAAGUGGGGACCUGCAGGAGGCUGCAGAGCCCGAAACAAGAACCUGGGCAUGCAAUGUCGAAGCUUGUGAGAGAAUGUGUGCGAGAGAAAAGGAGUGGGGGAGAGACAGACAUGAGGCAGGUUUGAUAUCUGACAUUCAGGCAAGCAAAGGACAGACAGCACGAUAAAAGACUGAUGUUGAAGCUUUGGAUUAGGUAGGAGCAAUAAAAUCCCUCAUAGUCCGAGCUGACUAUAUGUACCACCAUAUUAUACUAAAAAUGCCUCAUACAAUAGAAGUACUGCACUUGUGCUCAGAUUUCAUGCCGAAAUAAGGAAGCAGAGCUCAAUGACUUCCCCAUGAGUGCAUCACUGACACACAGGGAACCUUAAUAAAGCUUGCAUAUCAGUAUCUAAUUGGUAAUAUUGUGAGAUUAACAGUUGCUUUUUCCUUUGAUUAGGCUUAGCUAGGUAGUAUGUGAACAUGGCUGCACUGGAAGUAAGCAGACCUGAUGUAUAUAAGGGUGAGUCAUAGAGUUAUUGAAUUGCAUGCUUUUGUUGGUAGAGCCAACGGGUCAGGGUUUAAUUGCACUGAUGUGAAAAUUUGAUAUUGUGUUUAAUUUUUUGUAAUACAUGGUUUUCUGACACUGUAAUGAGCAGCUGUGUGGAGUGAAUGUGGUUGUUUUUCACUGGCAUGUGAGAGCACAAGCUCAUGAUUCUCUCCCAAGAUGUGGUGUUGAUCCCAAUCAGGACAGAUGGCUAUGUUAGAUUGUUUUAGUGAGAAAAAAAAAAGAAAUAUGUAGCAGAGAUAUCAUAGAAAGCAACUGUGUGUAGCAUGAGUUCUCAUCAGUUUGUCUGCUGCGCGUUUCCAAAUAAAAAGGGCUACCGUUUUUUA